UUGCAUCACCUCACAGUUGCUUCUAUUUGCACCACCAAAGCUGUAUCGUCUAUAACGACAUUCCUCGAGACAACCUUUUCGCUGGCCAUCCGCAGAUCUCAAACGUCUGGGAGUGAAAAACCACUUUCAACAGAAUCCAAGCUAGGUCCAGCACACUCACCCGCUUCGCAAUGGCGCUCCCUGCAGUCAAGUCUCUAGAGGAGUGCUCCGAGUGGGCCAAGGUCGUCGAACCCUUCAUCCCCCAGCUCCUUGAGCUCCCCGGCAAGAUCAUCGCGAGCCCGCAGUCGCUGCCCCAGAUUUACCUCGAGACGAACCCCCUCGUCUCCGGCUUCGCUUUUUCCCUGCUCAUCGCCGUCCUCACUCUCGGCGUGUCAGAGUACCAUCGCAACUUUUCGCAAAUCGACCGGCUGUGGAGUCUCCUGCCCAACUGGUACGUCCUGCACACGGCAGCAUGGGCGUACUUGAAUGACGAACCCUGGCAACGAGUCGCGCUGGCCGGGGCCGCGACCACUCUUUGGAGCACCCGGUUAACCUUCAACUACUGGCGCAAAGGAGGCUACGAGCGCGGAAGUGAAGACUACAGAUGGGAAAUUGUUCGCGCAUACGUCCCCGCCUGGGUCUUCUUCCUCUUCAACGUGACCUUCAUCUCCUUCAUCCAGUCCAUCCUCCUCUUCGCCUUCUCGGCCGCUCCCGCCUACUCCCUCCUCCUCGCCAGCCGCAUCGAGCCCGACCUCGCCGCCUCGGACUACUCCUUCUUCGCCAUCCUCGCCGGCCUCGUCCUCAGCGAGUACAUCAGCGACGGCCAGCAGUGGGACUACCAGACCGCCAAAGCCGCCUACAAAAAGGGCAAUGGCACCGCCGCCGCCGUGCCCCGCGGCUGGGCGCAGGCGGACCUCGAACGCGGCUUCGUCACGCACGGUCUCUGGGCCUUCAGCCGCCACCCCAACUUCUUCGCCGAGCAGAUGGUCUGGUUCGUGCUCUACCAGUGGAGCUGCUACGCCACCAAGGUGCUGUAUAGCUACACCUUUGCCGGCUCCGCGUUCCUCGUGCUGCUGUUCCAGGGCUCAACGUGGCUCACGGAGCUGAUCACGGCGGGCAAGUACCACGAGUACGCCGAGUACCAGAGCCAGGUUGGCAUGUUCAUGCCCAAGUCGCUGUUUCCCUACAAGAAGCCCCCGCCCAAGGUCAUCCGCACGAGCGAGCUUGCCAAGCGCCAGAGCAAGAAGGAUAAAUAAAGGAGAAAUGGACUAGAGACAUGCUUGUCCAUGUUAAGAUACGGCCUAUUCAGCCGUAACGGGAAAACUUUUCUGGUCUGGGGACUGGAAUAGACGGUGAAAUGCAUGUGUGUAUUCUUCUAGAGAAAGUCUUUUUCUAGUUUCUAGUGAGGUCGUUAUGGAGUUCAUCUAUGCAUCCAGAGCA